AAAUGCCAUCGGCUCCAGGAAGUCUCCGCAGGCCUUUGGGUUGGCUUUGCCUUCCAUGUUACCCCAUCCUUGCAUGUCCUAUAUGUCCUAGUCAUUGAGGGGUCGCGGGUGGAGCCAAGAGGGGGCGACCGGGUGGAACCCCGCGCCGCCCCGGCCGCGCGCGGUCGGAGGAGGCGGAGCGGCGGGCUCCCCGGCUCCCCGAGCGUUCGGCCCCGCGCCUCAGGAGUAAGUAAAGUGCCGCCGCCGCCUGCACGUGGGUCCGCCGCCGGCAGUCACAGUGCCGCACGGUCGAGAGCCUCAGAGACGACAGGACACCCGGAAAGCAGAAGCACUGCCGAGGCAGCGAGUCGGUCUGUGAAGAUCAAAAACACGGCCCUGCGCGGCCUCCGCUGCGGCCCCAACCAGCCGCGCUCCCAUUGGCUGAAUGCCUGGCGGCACCGCGGGAUCAUUGGCCGCAGGGGCCGUCAGUCAGAGACGGGCCGUCGCAGCGGCGAAAGCAACCAUUGGGCGCUCAGGGAGAACGCAGAAGUCCGGCGGCUGCGCAGUAGCUGCAGGCGGCCCCGCCGCCACAUUCAAGAUUUAGCAGCGUCGGGAGGUACCGCGGGAGAGCGACCCCGCGCGGUACCCUUCGUGCUUCGGUCCUCCGGUCGUGUCCGGAGGAGCGGCCCGGCGCCUCCUGCCCGCCGUCCCGUCUGCGCAGUGGAACCGGCGGAGACCAGAUGUUGAUGGACCUGCGAAGUUCUGGGUCCUCGCCGUGCUCGGCUGUGCCUUCCUCCAGGUGCCUGAGCGCUGGCGGCACCGACAUCGGUCCCCAGCCUCAGAUCGCCUCAUCGCGCCCGGUGGGCCCCCGGCGUAGCAGUCGCCCCUUCUCGGCUCUCCCGCGGCGGGCGGAGGGCGGCAGUCAACAUGGCUUAAGCGCUUCUGGUGGUGGAGAUGGACCCGGACUCUCGGGCCAGGUGGUGGAGAUCGCCGCUCGGGCCAGUCGAGCUUUGCCACCUCCAGCCGGUGCCGUCGGGCGGCGCGACCGGGAACCCCGACGCCGCCGCGGGCCUGCCUUCAGCCUUGGCGGCCGCUCAGGGCAACCACGCAACGCGUGGGGCAACCUGUCCCACGCCGACCGCAUCACCAACGCCGUCGAGAGCUCGACCGGGAAGCGGCUCCCGCUGCCGCAGAUCGGUGGAGGGUCCAGAGCGGGACCCACUUCAGGGAUGAGGUCGACAGCGACCGCCCUGCGGGCUGGAAGGUUUUGACGUGGAAUGUUGCAAGCCACGACAAGAACUGCUGUGCAGUGAAGGGGGUGACCUCCCAGACCUGACCCCGGGGCAAAGGAAGGCAGCCCAGCACCCUAUAUUCUCCGGACAGUCCUCCUGGGCAAAGACCUGCCUCAUCAGCCAAGCCCCACAGCCCAGGUUAUGUCCCCCACAGCUCCAGACCCCUUUGUGACAGGCAUAGGAAGUUCUGAGAUCUUUUUUUUAAAGAGGUUUGUCUAAAUUAAAAGCUCCUGAUGGAGGCUUCUCUUUCCCUAGCCCUUAAGGUAGUGACUUUUCAAGAAGAUUCUAAGUGGACCUCCUCCAGUUCCACCAGCACUUCCUGAGUGCUGCAUGCAAACGCCCUGCCAGGCCUGGUGAGCAAGACCCAGAGUGAGGGCUCUGGGUGAGGAUGGUGACCUGGUGAAGGAGGCAGAUGCAUAUGGAAGCGGCAAGCACCAGGCAGACAGGCACGUGGAGGAUGAAGAGGGAGCGCGACACAGGCUGGCGUGGCCUUGGCCCUACCAGGACAGGCGGCAGGCGGCCAGGGGCCACGGGGGUCCAGGGCCGCGCCCCCCCAGAGCAGGAUGCCCGGAGGGCCCAUGCGGAGGCGGACUGAGCCUGUGCGGUUGGAGGGGUCCUGGGUGGGGUGGGGGGCCAGGGGGGAGAGCAGCAGCUCUGGAUACCAGGCCGAGGUGUUUGGAGUUAGUUCUCUGUGAAAGAGGGAGCAGGGAGUGUGUUUUAAGGCAAGAUGACACUAUCAGAAAAAAGUCAGUAUGGAGCCAGCAGGAGGCUAUGCUGGGAGCCUGCGAGAGCCCUGCGGCCUGAGCCAGGGGCUGGACUCCCAAUCAUCCUCGUUCUCAGGCGAGUCCCAGGGUGCUGCGGAGCCGAAGGGCAGAUUCCACAGCUCUCUGCAUGCCGAGGACGAUGCUGGAGCCAAGCACCAUCCGAGGGAUGCAUGUGUGUGACAACCACGACGUCUCUCAUGGUUCCACCCUUCUCUGGAUACAACCUGGGUCUGCAGUCACCACCCUUUCUACUAGAUGCUGGAGUGAAGAGGCCAAGAGAGACCAGAGACAAAGGCAGACCAACAUGGGGUGGGGUAAGU